GAAGAGCCGCUCCGGGCUUGUUUUCCGAUGGUAGCCGAUUAGCGGGUUAGCAUGUAACUGGAGCUCUGCGCUUUUGGACUGAAUGCUGUUCUGAUCCGGAGAUCCGAGGUUUUAGCGCUGCUGAGGGUUCGAGAGCGGUACCGGUACCGGGGCGGACGGUACUGGAGAGAUUCGGCGGGGAGAGGAGAGUUCGUGUCGGGUCGGGUCGGACUGAGCGAGGUUCCGUUCCCUCGUGGAGUAUGAGUACAUAAUGAAGCGGCGUUUGGAGGAUCAGGAUACAGCGUUCGGGUCUCAGCGGCGGCUCCCCGGGGGUACGGAAGGCUUUCAGCACCGUGUCCUUACCGCCGCAUCUGCAGUCUUUGAGGCUGCCUCCGAAAACAUGCAGCCCUCGGCUGGAGUUCAGUACUCUCAGGUCCCUCAGACCUAUCAGGUGCCCGUGGCUCAGAGCUCUGGAGGACACGGUCACACCAGCAGUCCUGCGGUGCACAGUGGCACUCAUCACCACAACCCUGUGGUCCAGCCCCCAGGAGCUCCUGUAGGCCAGGCCCAUGCCCACGCUUCUCCUGCCUCUGCCCCCACAGCAGGCCAGCAGCAGUUCCAGAGGCUGAAGGUUGAAGAUGCCUUGUCCUACCUGGAUCAAGUAAAGCUCCAGUUUGGAAAUCAGCCUCAUGUGUACAAUGAUUUCCUGGAUAUUAUGAAAGAGUUUAAGUCUCAGAGCAUCGACACUCCAGGUGUGAUUAACAGGGUCUCGCAGCUGUUUAAGGGUCACCCCGACCUCAUCAUGGGCUUCAACACCUUCCUGCCGCCGGGCUACAAGAUCGAAGUCCAGACCAACGACCUGGUGAACGUGACGACCCCCGGCCAGAUCCACCACAUUACUCCACACGGGAUCUCAGUGCAGAAUAUUCCCAUCACCCCCCAGCACCAGAACCAGCCCCCAGCCCCCACCAGCACCACCGCACCGCUCACCGUCCCCAGCCAGCCCACACCUGCCAAGAUCAGCAAGCCAAUCCAGUCUCCUGCCCUGACCCCGACCAGCCAACCCAAUCCAUCCAUCCCGUCCUACGCCUCGCCCCGCUCCCCCUCGGUCCAGUCCCACACCCCGGUGAGCAGCACCCCCGCCAGCGCCCCCCCACUGCAGAACAACCAGCCUGUGGAGUUCAACCACGCCAUCAACUACGUCAACAAGAUCAAGAACCGCUUUCAGGGCCAGCCAGACAUUUACAAAGCCUUCCUGGAGAUUCUACACACGUACCAGAAGGAGCAGCGUAAUGCUAAGGAAGCCGGAGGAAACUACACCCCGGCUCUCACCGAGCAGGAGGUUUAUGCUCAGGUAGCGCGACUCUUUAAGAACCAGGAGGACCUGCUGUCUGAGUUCGGACAGUUCCUGCCAGACGCCAACAGUUCUGUGUUGCUGAGUAAAGCGACGGCUGAAAAGGCCGAGGCUGUGCGGAUGGACCCCGGCAGCAUGCUGAAGAGACCUCAGCUCAACAACAAGCAGAGGUUCAACCAGAACGGCUGCCCAAUCCGCAGACACUCUGGACCCGGGUCCACUCCACCUGUGAAGAAGAAGCCGAAGUUUUUGGGGAAGGAGCAUCCUGCAGCGGAGGGCAGCAAGUUUGGAAUUGGCACAGAGUCUUUGUUUUUUGAAAAGGUGAGAAAAGCGCUGCGGAGCGCCGAGGCCUACGACAACUUCCUGCGCUGUUUAGUGAUCUUCAAUCAGGAAGUUAUCUCUAAAGCUGAGCUGGUGCAGCUGGUGCUGCCGUUCCUGGGGAAGUUUCCGGAGCUGUUUACCUGGUUUAAGAACUUCCUGGGUUAUAAAGAGUGCGCCCACAUCGAGAGCUUCCCUAAAGAGCGGGCGACGGAGGGCAUCGCCAUGGAGAUCGACUAUUCCUCCUGUAAGAGGCUGGGCUUCAGUUACAGAGCUCUGCCCAAGAGCUUCCAGCAGCCCAAAUGCACCGGGAGAACCCCGCUCUGCAAGGAGGUGCUGAAUGAUACGUGGGUGUCAUUUCCCUCCUGGUCUGAAGACUCUACCUUCGUGAGCUCUAAGAAGACUCAGUAUGAAGAGCACAUAUACCGCUGUGAGGACGAGCGCUUCGAGCUGGACGUGGUGUUGGAGACGAACCUGGCCACGAUUCGCGUUCUGGAGACGGUUCAGAAAAGACUCUCUCGGAUGUCUGCAGAGGAACAGGCCAAGUUCAGGUUGGACAACACGAUGGGAGGAUCUUCUGAGGUGAUUCACCGUAAAGCCAUCCAGAGGAUAUACGGAGAAAAGGCCGCGGACAUCAUCGACGGCCUCAAGAGGAAUCCUGCCGUGUCUGUACCCAUCGUUCUGAAAAGGUUGAAAAUGAAAGAGGAGGAGUGGCGCGAGGCUCAGAGAGGCUUCAACAAGAUCUGGAGGGAGCAGAACGAAAAGUAUUACCUCAAGUCUUUAGACCACCAGGGCAUUAACUUCAAACAGAACGACACCAAAGUCUUCAGAUCCAAGACCCUGCUCAACGAAAUCGAGGCUCAGUUUGAUGAGAGACAGGAGCAGGCCUCAGAAGACAACACUGCCCCCCCGGCCGGACCCCACAUGACUCUGCCGUACGAAGACGGGCAGAUCCUGGAAGAUGCGGCGUCUCUGAUCAUCCAUCACGUGAAGAGACAGUCCAGCAUCCACAAAGACGACAAGUACAAGAUCAAGCAGGUGAUCUACCACUUCAUUCCCGACAUGCUGUUCGCCAAGCGCGGCGAGAUGUCCGACGCCGAGGAGGAGGAGGAGGAAGACGAGGAGCCGGAGCCGGAGGACGAAGGAGCCAAGAAGCACAACGGCACCACGCCGACCACGGCCAAGUCCAAGCUGCUGUUCAGCCACACGACGCCGGCGCAGCAGAAGCUCGGCUCCUGCGACGAGGCCUAUAACCUGUUCUGCGUCAACAACAACUGGUACAUCUUCCUGCGGCUGCACCACAUCCUCUGCUCCAGGCUGCUGCGCAUCUACGGGCAGGCCGAGAAACAGAUCGAGGAGGAAACCCGGGAACCAGAGUGGGAACGCAAUGUGCUCGGACUGAAGAGAGAGAAAAACGACAGUCCUGCCGUCCAGCUACGACUGAGGGAACCCAUGGACAUUGAUGUUGAGGACUACUACUCUGCUUUUCUGGAAAUGGUGCGAAACCUUCUGGACGGGAACAUGGAGACAUCCCAGUAUGAGGACCAGCUGAGGGAGAUGUUCACCAUCCACGCCUACAUUGCCUUCACCAUGGACAAGCUCAUCCAGAGCAUCGUUCGGCAGCUCCAGCACAUCGUGAGCGAUGAGAUCUGUGUUCAGGUGACAGAUCUUUACCUCAGCGAAUGUGCCAAUAAAGCCACCGGCGGAACCACGUCCACUCAGGCGUCGAGGAGCAGCGCGGAGACGGCCUACCAGCGCAAAGCCGAGCAGCUAAUGUCAGACGAGAACUGCUUUAAGCUUCAGUUCCAGAAGAGUAAGGGCAGUGUGCAGCUGACCAUGGAGCUGCUGGACACGGAGGAGGAGAACUCGGACGAGCCCGUGGAGGCAGAGCGCUGGUCGGACUACGUGGAGCGGUACCUGAACACGGACGCGGCGUCUAUGGAGCUGAGGGAGCACCUCUCCCAGAAGCCAGUGUUCCUGCCCAGGAACCUGCGGCGGAUCAGGAAGUGCCAACGAGGACAGGAAGUACAGGUGAGGGAGGCGAAGGAAGCGGUGAAGAAAUCCGCCGACUCUGCAGACGAACCGAAGGUGGAGUGCAUGUUCAAACUCAACUCCUAUAAGAUGGUGUACGUCAUCAAAUCCGAGGAUUACAUGUACCGACGCACCGCGCUCUCCAGAGCACAUCAGUCGCACCAGCAGGUGAGCACCCGGCUGCACCAGCGCUUCCAGAACUGGCUGGACGGCUGGAAGAAGAUCCACGUGAGCGGAGACAUGGCGUCCGAUAAUCACAGGUGGCUGAUGGGAGAUCGGCAGGAGGGGCUUCGGCCCUGCAAGACCAGCUGUGAACCAAACGUCCUGCACUUCCAGCCUGUUAACAGAUACAGGGUCCUGUACAGCAGCAGCAGCACUGCGUAACACUGCGGCACACUGCACUCCGCCAGAGGGGGCGUGUCUACACAAAAGGGGGCGUGUCUAUACAGAGGGGGCGUGUCUUCACAGAGGGACUGUGCAGUUUUUAAUUCGUAUUUUAAACUUUUAUCUUUUUAAGAAAAGAGAAGAAAUAUACCUGACUGAACUGAAGCAGCACUGAGAUUUAAUGCUGGUUGCCAUGGAGCUCUUUACAGAUUCCUCUCGCUCUUAUUAUCCAUUUUUUAAUCUUUUAAAAAACUUUUUAAACUUUUAGAUAAGAAAAACGACUUCUUUACUUUAUUGAAUUUUAACGCUGAAGUUCCUGAUGAUCAUGGAGGAGAAGAGAAAGAACUCUACUGUUUUUAGUAUUGUUAUUUUUGGUUUUUAAUUUUUAUUUUAUUGUUUCCUAAUUGCACAAUCUUGUUGUGUAUUAUGUUUUACUGGCGUAUCCGUCCAGACGAUAAUCUAAUCAAUCACAGCGUGAAACUAAGCAUCACACAAACUUUAUUUUUUUUUUUUUUUUUUUUUACAUAAUGCUUUUCAUUAUUUUCUUUAUUUUAUUUGUCUUAGAUUAUUAGAAAUAUGGUAGAAAUAGCGCUUUAUUUAAAAUGAACACAAAUUGGUUGUUUGUUAAUGUCUCACGUUUCUCUUGUGAUUUAGUAAAGCAUGAAUUAGAAACUUCUAUACAAGUUAUUCUUAAUGCAUUAAGAUUUAUUCAUUAUUAUUGAUUCUUUGGGUUUUUGUGGUAAAAUCACAUUUAAAACCAUUUAAAAGUCCAAUUGGAUCUUUCCUUAUUUUUCUCAGGUUUAUGUAAAAACCACUGAUGCAACAGUUAAAGCAUCCCAAUGUUGAGCUUUGAGUUGUAACAGUUCCAUACAGGACCAUUAACAGAUAAUUUCACCAAGCAUAGAACAAUUUAGGGAUCCAAUUUGAGCUUUUAGAAGUCAAUGGUCCUAAACAGAACAUUGUUUCUACCAGAGAACCCUUGAAGAACAUUUUAAGGAGGAAUAAGAACAAUUUAAGGAUCUAAAUGGAACUUUUAGAAGUCAUUGUUCUGUUUAGAAUUAUUGUUUUUACCAGAUAAUUCUUGAAGAACCUUUUAAGAAGGAAUAAGACCAAUUUUAGGGUCCAAAUAGAGCUUUUAGCGGUCAGUGUUCUGUUUAGAACUGUUGUUUCUACCAGAGAAUCCUUUAAGGACCAUUUAAGGAGGAGUAAGGGCAGUUUAAGGAUCUAAGUUGAGCUUUUAGCUGUCAUUGUUUCUAAACAGAACAUUGUUCCUUACAGAGAAUCCUUGAAGAAGCAUUUAAGGAGGAAUAAAAACAGUUUUAGGAUCAAAAUGGAACUUUUAGCUGUCAUUGUUCUGUUUAGAAUCAUUGUUCUACCAGAGAAUCCUUAAAGAAGCAUGUAAGCAGGAUUAAGAACAAUUUUAGUAUCUAAAUAAACUUAAUUUUAGUGGUCAUUCUUCAGUUAAAAACCACAGUUUUUACCAGAAAACUAUUAAAGAACCUUUUAAGGAGGAAUAAGAACAAUUUAACGAUCCAAAUGGAGCUUUUAGCGGUCAGUGUUCUGUUUAGAACCAUAAUUUUUACCACAUUACUCUUAAAAGAUUUUUUUUUAAGUAGGAAUAAGACCAAUUUUAGGAACAAAAUGAAGCUUUUAGCUGUCAUUGUUCUCUUUAAAAUAGUGUAUUUCUUUUCAGAUAAUUCUUAAAAACAAUUAAGGAGGAUUAAGACCAAUUUUAGGAUCUAAAUUGUGGUUUUAGCUGUCGUUGUUCUGUUUAGAACCAUUAUCUAAAAACAACAAUGGUUCGUUUGCAGUAGAAAGGCAACUCUAAACUGACAACAUUCUACAAACCACUGAAAAUAAGUAUUUAAUCAUGUAAAUUUUCAUUAAUUGCAAACACACAGACAACACUGUCUAUAUUAUUUUCAUUACAGGUUGGUAACAAAGUGUUACACACAUUUUGUGCAUUAUAACCACUAAUAAAGCAAAUAUUCAUGUCAUUAAUGAAUAAAUCUUAAAGUAUAGUCAAUAAAUCGUGUGUUAGAAAUGUCUUAUUCAGGCUUUACUGAACAAAGAUAAAGAUUUUAACAAGCUUCUAAUUUGUGUUGCUUUAAAACAGAGAAAGUGUUUUACCGAAAUAUGCCUUUUAUUGUUAUUGUUGUUAUUAAUGCUGUUAUUAUUGUUGAUUCAGUGUUAAUCACACUCUCACAAACACUAUAAAGAAUGGCAGCCAGAUCCAACUCCCACUACACUACACUGUUAAAAGUACUUUUAAAAGUUUUAUUUAUAAAAUUUUAGAUGUUCUUCAGUUUAAAACUGAAAAUCUGAAACUUUAAAGAACAUUACAACGUGUAAUAUUGGUACUUCACAGCAUCUGUGUUACUGAAGAGAAUUAAAUACUCCUAAAUAAUCAAAUACCCGGAAUUAUGGAUUUAUUGGUGUCAGUUUUACAGAAUUUAACAAUCAUUUACAAUUUGAUAUGAUUGAAACAAAUACAAAUAAGUAAAACAAAAAUUUUAACUGUAAAUAUAAUUCUAAAUUAACCACUUCUGACACCAAUUUUUUAAAUUGCUACAGUACUGCAAAACAAAAUACUGCGAUACUUGGAUAUAUCAAUAAACAGCUCUGGAAAAAAAAAUGACAGACCAUUUAAAAAUGAUGAGUUUCUUUGAUUUAACCAAAUUAAAAACCUCUGGAAUAUAAUCAAGAGGAAGAUGGAUGAUCACAAACCAUCAAACCACCAAACUGAACUGCUUGAGUUUUUGCACCAGGAGUAAAGCAGCAUAAAGUUAUCCAAAAGCAGUGUGUAAGACUGGUGGAGGAGAACAUGAUGCCAAGAUGCAUAAAAAAACUGUGAUUAAAAACCAGAACCAGGGUUAUUCCACCAAAUAUUGAUUCCUGAACUCUUAAAACUUUAUGAAUAUGAACUUGUUUUCUUUGCAUUAUUUGAGGUCUGAAAGUUCUGCAUCUUUUUUGUUAUUUCAGACAUUUCUCAUUUUCUGUAAAUAAAUGCUCUAAAUGAGAAUAUUUUUAUUUGGAAUUUGGGAGAAAUGUUGUCUGUAGUUUAUAGAAUAAAACAACAAUGUUCAUUUUACUCAAACAUAAACCUAUAAAUAGCAAAAUCAGAGAAACUGAUUCAGAAACUGAAGUGAUCUCUUAUUUUUUUCCAGAGCUGUUUAUAUUGAUAUAUAUCUUAACCUCUAUUUCUAAACGUUCCUCAUUGAAAAUCCAACACUAUUUUUAACAGUGUAGAAUUGAUUAACAGGAGACUGAAAGCACUGAUGUUUAUUAGUCAGAUUGUGGGGAACCCUGACCUGACCCGGCCUGAUACAGUGAAUUUUACACUUUUACAGGCUUUUCUUUAUUAUUAUUUUUAUUUUAUUUUAUAUUAUAGUUGUGUGUGUGUAAGAGAAGUGUGUGUGUAUGCUACAAAAUAUUUAUUUUAUAUUAAACCCCCACUGAGAAAAGUUAUCGUUAUUUGCGUUAUGCAUUAUUUUUGGUUCUCCUCCACACACACCAGCUUCAACUUGUAAGAAACACGUUGAGAAAAACAUUAAAUAAACGUGGUAAACGAGUGAAUAAGUGAAUAAGAGAUGCGUGAGAGUCUGGUAAAGCUGUAAAUAUCGUGUACAUAUUUCAGACUGUUUAUAUUCUGAAGCAUAGUUCACCGAAUUUAGACGUUUUUUCCCGGCCGAGGUGAAUAAUGCUACAUUAAAAAACACCACCGUUUUUUACCAAAGGGAGUUUUCUUCUGUUUUUUUUUUUUGUGUUUUUUGUGUUUUUGGAUCCUCUCUCUCGUUCUCUUUGUGUUUUAUGGUGAUUUGUCCGGGACGUUAACGAAUGUUCGAAUGUUCUGUAUGUAGAAAAGCCUUUUUUUCACCACGUAUUUGAUGAAUUUGUACUGGAUUGAACCUGUAUUGAGCUUUGUGACACUGCCUGUGAUCCUGUAUUACUGAGUAGAGCGUAGAAAUCAUCCACUGUUCUCGUCCUGUUUCUCCUCCAGAACUAAAACUAAUAUCAUUCAUACUGUACGUGACAAAUACGUGAGAUCGGGGCACUGUUUUUAUUCGUGCACCGAGCGUUUAUUAUGAUUAUAAUGAUGAUUAUUAUAAUAAUUAUGAUGACGUUGAUCAUGAUGAAGAGUAUGGUGAUGAGCCUGAAGUAUGAUAAAUGUAAAAUGUAAACGGGCGUAAAGGACAGGAUGACGAUGACGGCAUGUUUCUAUGUUCUCAUGUACAGUCUUUUGUAUUUUAUCCAUCAUUGUUUUAAAGAUUGAAAUAAAACUAAAGUUGUAGUAGAUUAA